UGGUCUGUGGUCACCACCUGCAGAAUCACUACUUUUUUGGGGGCGUCUUGCUAAUUGCCUAUAAUUUACACCUUUUGUCUAUUCCAUUUGCACAACAGCAUGUGAAAUGUAUUGUCAAUCAGUGUUGCUUCCUAAGGGGACAGUUUGAUUUCACAGAAGUGUGAUUGACUUGGAGUUACAUUGUGUUGUUUAAGUGUUCCCUUUAUUUUUUUUGAGCAGUGUAUAAAUAUAUAUCUACGAAGCUUGCAAGGUGGUUGUUCUUUUCCCUCGGUUUCCUGUCUCACUUUUCUUUGAGCCUCAGACCAUUUCCUCUCACACCCGUGACUACUGUGUCACGUCCUGAUCCUUGCACCCCCUGCCCGUCUUUAUCUAUCCCUUACAUCUAUUCUUUAUUUCUCUCUCCCACUCUCUCUCGAUGUAGGUAAGUGACUGCUUACGCUACCUCUUUCCUAUUCAACUUUGGAAAAUGAUUUUUUACUGUCAUGUAGACGACAGUGUGUGCAUCAGGGUAAUUACAUCAAUGUGUUAUCCCCUACCUCAAAGAGAUUUUGUUUUGGAAAAAGAUUUAGGCUGCGUCCUCAGUCUUUCUCAGCCUGUGGUCUCGCUCACCUGUGUCAACAUGGUGACGGUACCAGGUGUGCUGCCGACCCUUGUGUUAACAGGACUGUGUGUCCACAUCACAGGUAAGUCUGUUGCUCCCUCAAACCCACCUUCAAUAACCCGAACCCUCCAUAUUGGGGACAGUGGCUGAUCUAAUUUACACCAUCUAUGGGGGGGGGCUCACCAGAGUUACUCAUGGUUUGAUCUCAAUGGUUUACAUAGCCAACUGAAGGUUAAAAUAGUGUCGGUUAUGUAUGUGAAUUGUUUACGUAAAGUUAUCCUUGUUUCUGUGAUAUCUUGAAUAUGAAAGUGUAGCCUAUGUGAGAUUGUGUGUGGUCUAUUCCUGUGUGUGUGUUGACUUUGUGUUCCGUGUGAACUCUCAGGAUCAUCUAGAGCCGCCUGUACCACCAGUCUGUAUUCCCUGAACUUCAACUGUGUCCUGCAGUGGGAUUGUCCACAGGCCAACGCUACCACCACCUACACAGUCCAAACUAAGACUCAGGGGUGUGUCUGACUCCGCAUUGCUCACUAUUGACUUAAUGGACUAGUAUCUAGCUCUUAAUAUCCUCUCAGUUAAAUGCUGUUCCAAGAUUUGGGGGUCUGUCUGCCGUCUCUAUUGACCUAAUCGAUCUGGCGCAACUGAAUAGUGCAACUGUUGGGAGUGUGAGGGGAAGGCUAGCCUAGAAAGGGAAAGCAAAUUAUUGUGUGAACAAAGCGCUCUGACGACGCGGAGAGGAGCCGGCGAGAGGGGUAGCGUGAGAGUGGUGCAUUUCAAACUUGUGGUUUUGGCAGAGAAACCUCAAAGGGUUUUAAUCAGAGGGAUGAAUCAGUCACUCGAGUCCAUGGUUGGUUGACUUUAUGGGUAGAUAGGCUCCGAUAGAUAGGCGCUAUUGUUUUCUACCACAGCUGUGAAAACACCCUGGCUGCUCCUCUCCCCUGCCGCCUGGUUUGUCAUAACCAUCACCACCCAUUUAGUCCAACAACCAGUGUGUCUUAUCUUGUGUGGGUAUUGCAUAUUUUCAGAAAGGAUAUUUCCACAUUUUAAUAGAUCGGAAUAAUAAAUACUAUGUAGCUUAUCUCCGUGUUUGUGUGUUUCUAUGUAUAUAGUACCAGUCAAGUUUGGACACACCUACUCAUUCCCGGGUUUUUCUUUUCUUUUUACUAUUUUCUACGUUGUAGAGUAGUGAAGACAUCAAAACUAUGAAAUAACACAUGGAAUCAUGUAGUAACCUAAAAAGUGUUAAACAAAUCAAAAUAUUUUUGAGAUUCAAUAGCCACCCUUUGCCUUGAUAACAGCUUUGCAUUCUCUCAACCAACUUUGUGAGGUAGGCACCUGGAAUGCAUUUCAAUUAACAGGUGUUCCUUGUUAAGUACAUUUGUGGAAUUUCUUUCUUUAAUGCAUUUGAGCCAAUCAGUUGUGUUGUGACAAGGUAGGGGUGGUAUAGAGAAGAUGGCCCUAUUUGGUAAAAUACCAAGUCCAUAUUAUGGCAAGAACAGCUCACAUAUCCAAGAGAAACGACAGUCUAUUAUUACUUUAAGACAUGAAGCUCAGUCAAUCUGGAACAUUUAAAAACCAUCAAGCGCUAUGAUAACCGCCACAGGAAAUGAAGACCCAGGGUUACCUCUGCUGCAGAGGAUAAGUUCAUUAGUUACCAGCCACAGAAAUUGCAGCCCAAAUAAAUGUUUCACAGAGUUCAUGUAACAGACAGAUCUCGACAUCAACUGUUCAGAGGAGACUGGGUGAAUCAGGCCUUCAUGGCCGAAUUGCUGCAAAGAAACCACUACUGAAGGACACCAAUAAGAAGAAACUUGCUUGGACCAAGAAACACGAGCAAUGGACAUUAGACUGGUGUAAAUCUGUCCUUUGGUCUGAUGAGUCCAAAUUUGAGAUUUUUGCUUCCAACCGCCGUGUCUUUGUGAGAUGUAGAGGAACAGAUGAUUUCCGAAUGUGUGGUUCCCUCUGUGACGCAUGGAGGAAGAGGUGUUAUGGUGAAACUGUGAUUUAUUUAGAAUUCAAGGCACACUUAACCGGCAUGGUUACCACACCAUUUUGCAGUGAUACUAUCCCAACUGGUUUGCGCAUAUUGGGACUAUUGUUUGUUUUUCAACAGAACAAUGACCCAAAACACACAUCCAGGCUAUUUGACCAAGAAGGAGAGUGCUGCAUCAGAUGACCUAGCCUCCACAAUCCCCCGACCUCAACCCAAUUGAGAUGAUUUGGGAUGAGUUGGACCGCAGAGGGAAGGAAAAGCAGCCAACAAGUGCUCAGCAUAUGUGUGAACUCUUUCAAGACUGUUGGAAAAGCAUUCCUCAUGAAGCUGGUUGAGAGAAUGCCAGAGUGUGCAAAUCUGUCAAGGCAAAGGGUGGCUACUUUGAAGAAUCUCAAAUCUCAAAUAUAUUUUAUAUGUUUAACACUUCUUUUGGUUACUACAUGGUUCCAUAUGUGUUAUUUAAUAGUUUUGAUGUCUUCCGAAUAAUUGUACAAUGUAGAAAAUAGUCAAAAUAAAGAGAAACCAUUGAAUGAGUGUGUCCAAACUUUUGACUGGUACUGCGUGUGUGUGUUGCAGAGAUUCGUGGCAGGACGUGGAGAGUUGUGUGCGGUUCUCCUCCCAGCUGUGCGACCUGUCCGAGGCCUUCUCUAACUUUGAGGUGUACAACAUGAUCCGCCUGGGCCUGCACCAGGGCCCGGGGAGUCCAGUCUGGACAGGACAACUUGGGUUUGGCGUCCGUGAUUUCAACUUCAGCAGUCCCUCCGUCUUGGUUUCUCUGUCUGGAGAGAAGCUGGUAGUGGAGGUGCACUUACCUUGUUCUAGCAAAAGGGAUUGUCUUCCUCUGCAGAGCUGCUGUCCACUGUCAAAUUUUAUUGACCUCUGUGUCACCGUGACAGUAUAUAACCAACAGAACUCCUCUGACUACAAGACGCAGAUUGGUUUGGCCCAGAAGAUGGUGUACGGGGCAGAGUUCUCAAACCUGGUCCCAGGACAGGACUACUGUGUCGUGGCUAACUUCUCCAUCAGUCCGACCACCUUCCCCCAGGCCUCGUCUCCUCCCUCGGACCCCAGCUGUGUCCACCAUGCUGGCCCAGGACUAGGGUUGCAGCCAGUGUUGUUGGGGAUAGGAGUGUGUGCUGUACUCUUCUCUCCUCUCCUUGCUCUGGCUCUGUACCUGCUGAAACAAAAACGAGAUGCACCACAUGUAAACCGACUCCCCAAGACUCUAGCAUCUCUUCAGGGAUUCCUCCAGGACUUGCCGGAGUCCCCUUCAGACCCUGUUGACCCCAGUGACAUUGUAGACGACCACCUCUCCAUCCUGUCCUCUUUCUCCAGCUGUGUCUGCACCAAGGCCCAGGCCCCAAGCCUAGGUAAUGGGUACAACAGCAACCCCUUCCUCAGUGACUAUAGGUCAGACAACAUGCACUGGAACACUGAGGGAAUGGAGCUGGACCUGAACUCUGGCAGUACCAUAUCCCUGCCAUGCUCCACUGUGCCUAUAGGCCUACAUGUGAUCCAGUGCAGCUUUGAUUCACCUCGACAACCACACCCAGGGCCCAAUGUGCCAGUACUACCGUACCCUGGUUCUCUAGCUCUGUCAGAGGCCGUGGAGGGCCAGGUGGUCCCGCUGUGUUCUGUGAGGUUUGGGAGGGUGAGGGAGGGGGACGGGGGUGAGAACCUAGAGGGACUACAGUCGUGUAACCUGUAGCACGUUGCACUGCAGUACUCACAAUGCUAUGUUUAACAUAUUCCUUUGAACGCCACAGUGCUGAGAGGAGUUAAAAAACUGUAUUGACCAUUUUUGUUAAAAUUUUUUAUUUUGUCCUCAGCUUACAGGCAUACAUUGUCAGUUCCAACCGGACUGUGGUAAGGUCCAGCAUCUUACCAAGGUCAACCAUAACAAGGACAACUGGACUGUGGACUGUGUAUUGGACUGUGUAAUCAUAAACAUAUAUAGGGGACGAUGGAUGGGAAACAGUGAUUGCCCCUAUAGUUCUGGAAACCACAUUAGCCUGCGUAUGGCUCAUAAUAAUAUCACUGUGUCUGGGGGAUUUUGAUUUAUAAUGUUGGGGGUUGGAUCAUGAGUCCAAACUGAACAUUGUAUUUGCCUGCCAAUCAUAAAUGUUACUUCUCAGGCAUCCAACAGCGAUUGCAUCUAACCUUGAACUUUGGUUUUUGGAGCAGUUUUUUAUGGGUUCUGCUAUAUUCAGUCAAUUCAUCAGGAAACCUGAUCGAAGAUGGUCGCUUUGUGUGCUGGCUAGCUCUGCAGCUGAGGUGGUAAAGUUAGAUUGGGGAUUUAUGUGGUGUUCAACAGGCAGUAAAAAAUGUUGGGGGGGGGCUUGCCUGUUGCAUGUUAUUUUGGCAUUAAUAACUGUCACAUCAGUUUGCAAACAAUACAAUAAAAUAAAA